UGUGUAGGCGAGUCACGUGUAGCGAGGCCGUUGCUCGUCAUGUCUGUGCUGUAGCAGAUCUCCGUGCUACACUUUAUUAUUUGCCUCCAGUUUUCGCUGCACUUUGAUUUGACAGCUACUCGUUUUCUUUCUUGUAUAUUGUUUUUUACCGAAGAAUGAGCGAAAACGAUGACAUCGAAGUCGACAGCGAUGCAGACAAGCGAGCACAUCACAACGCGCUGGAGCGUAAACGCAGGGACCACAUCAAAGACAGCUUUCACAGUUUACGGGAUUCCGUACCUGCAUUACAAGGGGAGAAGAGUUGUGUUAAACAGGCUUCCCGAGCACAGAUCCUGGACAAAGCCACUGAGUACAUCCAGUUCAUGAGGAGGAAAAACCACACCCACCAGCAGGACAUCGAUGACCUGAAGAAGCAGAACGCGCAACUGGAGCAGCAGGUUCGUGCACUGGAGAAGGCCAAGGGCAACACUCAGCUCCAGACAAACUACUCUUCCGACAGCAGCUUAUAUACAAACCGUAAAGGGAGCGCGGUGUCCGCCUUCGACGGCGGCUCCGACUCUAGCUCCGAAUCGGAGCCGGAUGAGCCGCCCAGCAGGAAGAAGCUGCGCGCGGAGGCCAGCUAGACUCCUGCAAGACUCUUUACUCACCAGCCCCAACUCCUCCUACCUGUCCGCACUCAGUCCUGCCUUCUUAUGCUAUUUCAGGAGACGAGGUGGAGAUGGUGCGAGAGAGGUGCUAUGAUGUAUAAACGCUUCUACCUUCCUUUUUCCUCCUGGCAAGCAUCCUGUCACUGUUCCUGUGACCCAGCUACAACCUUUAAGACCCCAAAAGUGAGGCAGCUCUGCAAUUUUGAAGGACUUUCAGACUUUAUAGUAACCCUUCAUGAUUAAGUGUGGGGGUGACUAGGUAUGAGGCUUUAGUAAAGCUACAAAAUGUUUUCUUUUUCAUUUUGGUCAUCUUGAACAACCUCUGCAAACUUUUGGAGGAGUUGUGAGAAUUUAUGAGCUUUGACAAAAUGAUAAUUAGACAGUUUACCUUUUUGAUGAUGACAUGUUUCCAGAAUAGAAUGUGAAGUUGCUUUUGAAAAAAAAAGUCUGUUAUGCAAGAUGCAACCCUCUUCAUUCAGUGUAGGUGGCUGAAGUUUUGUGUUUGAAAAUGUUUGUGUAUUCAAGUGAAUCCUUCUAUUUAUAGUGUUGCACCAAAAAUGAUUUGUGAUGCAUAAAUAUUGUGGUCAGAGCUUCCUCAGAGCUCUGACAACAAUAGUGGCUUAAGUUUCCCUAGAGCAAAGAAUGAUGAACAAGUUGACCUGUUAUUUUAGUGAAUUUUCACAGGUUACUAUAAAUUGUGAGUAGAAAAUGAAUCCCCUAAACAGAUACUGAAUGUUUUAUGAUCCAGUGACUUUUUUUGUUGUUUUUUGAUAAAGAUCCAUUUCAGUGUGUAGUAUAUAACACUGUAUACUCCUAAUUGGUGUCAGUUCUGCUAAUGAGAAGCCUUCCCUUGAAAUAUUUGCCUGUGCUGGGAACGUUUUUCUUUCUUUUCUUUCCUUUUGCAGAGGUAAAUUAGUGUGUACGUAAUCGAUAUUUGUUUGUUCCAUUCCAUGGAAAUUACAGGUAUGUUGUACAUACUGCCAACGGUUGUCUUGCAAGUUAAGGCAUACCUUUAUUAUGAUACUAUAAAUAAAACUAUUUUAUCCUU